CGACGAGGGACGGCUGCAGAUUGGAUUAUAAAUAAUCUAAUCAUUACAAAAUGUUGUUGUAUUUUUAUCUCAUUCACUAAAUACUCAACAAUAACAAUUUCUCAUUUAGUGCCAGUUUACAUGCUAAAACUGUACCAUGGCGUUAGACAUAGCAAAAAUGUGUCGAAUUUGUCUUGAAUCGGAUAAAAUUAGUUUUGAUAUGUACACCAGUUUUAAUGAGAAACGGAAAAUAACAUACAGUGAUAUGCUAGCGAAAUGUACUAAAAUAAAGCCACAAGUGGAGGACGGUUUGCCCCAUUUGAUCUGCAAUGAUUGUAGUCGGCAGCUCAAACGUGCUUACACAUUUAAUCUACAAUGCGACGAGAGUGACAAAAGGUUAAAAUUCAUACUAGCAGAAAUAAAGGGAAAUGCUGUUUCAAAUGGUUUGGUCAAAGAUGAACUCAAUUUCGAAGAUAUAAAGUGCGAGAAUGGUAUCGGAGCGAACCUGGAUCUGCUGACACUAGACGAAACCACUGGAGACAUUAAAAAUAUUAAAUUGGAACCUUUAUUAAAUAAUGAUGACAAUGACAGCACCUGGGAUGCCGAUGAUGAUAACAUUAUGUUGGAAGAAAUCAAAAUUAAAAAAGCGGAACUUGAAAAUAUAGAAAUAAAACCAAAAAAGAAAAGAGGCAGAAAGAAAAGAGUAUACCUUGAAGGCGAAGUCCCGCCUCUUCCUGAAAGCAAGCUGCCGCAUCAAUGUGACAUUUGUGGCAAAGUCCUCAGUACAAAGAGUAAUCUAAAGGCACACAAGCUGUGUCACACUGAUCUUAGACCAUUCUUAUGUUCCGAUUGUCCAGCUACAUUUAGAGGGCACAGCGCAUUGUUCCAACAUAAAAAGAUACAUACGGGCGAGACUCCAUAUCAUUGCGAGUUUUGCCCCAAACAGUUUAGCAGACGUACUGGGCUGGUUAACCACAUACGGAUGCACAAAGGAGAGAAGUUAUACAGCUGUGAUAUAUGUUUCAAAACGUUCGUGCAGAGCGCCCAGCUCUCCAUACAUAUGAAGAGACAUAAAGGAGACAAACCCUACUUGUGCCAAGUCUGUGGAAAAGGAUUUCCCAUAAAAGCAGAACUGAAGGUCCAUCAACGUAUCCACAACGGUGAGAAGCCGUACUCUUGUCACCUGUGCACCAAAACCUUCGCGACUUCAGGCAACUUGUCCAUACAUGUUCGGAUACAUAACAAGGAAGUUAGAAUGUUCAGUUGUAUCAAUGAAAACAAAACUUUAAUUUGUAAGAGCUGCUUAGUGAAACAUUUGGAGGAGAACAACACAUGUCCAACAUGCGACAUAGUGAUACACCAGUCCCACCCAUUACAGUAUAUCAGCUUCGACCGGACAAUGCAGGAUAUAGUGUAUAAGUUAGUGCCAGACUUGCAGGACAAUGAAAUAAAACGUGAACGUGAUUUCUACCGAGCCCGCAAUCUGCCUUGCCCCAAGGAUGCGGCCCUGGCUGCAGACAAGCCUGGUGCUGAUGAACCUGAACAGCCAGAUAACACUGAUUGUCAUAGGAAAGAUGAACAGGUAAAUGUUUGCCUGGAGUGCAUAUCAACGUCAUUACGGACUCUGAAGCGCAGCUUCAUCCGGUGCUCAGCGCAAGCUACAAUCACACAUCUCAAGAAGUUUAUAGCUAAGAAAGUGUUAAGCGGAAUGGAGAAAUAUAGAGAAAUUGACAUACUAUGCAAUGAUGAAUUAUUAGGCAAGGACCAUACAUUAAAGUUUGUCUAUGUAACACGUUGGCGAUUCCGAGACCCUCCACUGAGACUGCAGUAUAGACCUAAGAUUGAUUUUGUACUAGUGUUCCCUCCAGUGAGUAAUUACCGACGGUUCCUGAUACACAACUCAGUGGAACAGCUUGGUCGUCCAGAACUUGCCACCUUCUCAAUCGGAGUUAGUGACGAAAGACGCACUGUGGUGUGCUACCGGGAGAGAUUGUUGAGUGAUGAAGCUUGCGCGCGACCAGCCAUGGGUCUGACACAGACGGAACGCGAUGACGCUACCAUAUCACAAACAGCGGCGGUGGGAGGUUUCAAGCCGGCGCAGGCGCAGACGUCGCGGCGUGCGCAGCCUCAGGAAAAGAUCAGAUCUGGCUCAACAAAACCUCGUCGCCCAGAUCGUGCCGUGUACGUGCCCCGCGCCCUGCGAAACGCAGAGAGUGCACAAACCGAAGAAAACAAUAAGGAUACUAACAACCAUCGCAGAACUAGUCACAGUGCGGAAGGUGUUAAGUGUCCCAAGUCACCCGCGCCCAAAGAAAAGUCACACCACGGCACGCCCAGAAAAUCUAUAGACAAAGCGUUCUGCAAUGUGUAUACGCCACCACAUCUCAGGAAUCAAAGAUCUCACACGGCCCCAAGCAUAGAGGAACCCACACCGAGCGAUACAAAGGAAUCUGUGCCUUCAGGCUUACAAGUGCCAAAUAGUGAUAGUGCAAUAUCUUUUAGUGAUAAUAGUUUUAUUAACGACAUAGAAGUAGGCGAUAAUUUUUAUAUAGGAGAUUAUUUCGCUAACGGACAGUUAGGAUUCUACAGUCCGAACUUAUACAGCGAGUACGCGGAUAAUAGUCGCGAAAACGCGACCGACAAUAGUGACUGGAGAUCCAAUGAUUCCGACGAAAAUAUGGCGCUGAACGAAUCGAAUCAAAGCAAUAAUAUUAUCGAUAACGAUUAUUUGUACGCUAAGGGUGAAGAUGUUGAGAAGAAUGAGUUGAAACGAGCCUCGCAAGAAAUUAAUAGGAGUAGCAAGAGAAUUAUUAAACAGAGCUUCCAUUCUGACGUGCUAGUUAUAUCGGACACAGUUGACAGUGUCACAGAGAAGAAUGAGCCGGAACCAGCGGCGGUGGUAGAAGAGAAAGAAACUGAGGUGGUUAAGAAGACAAAGCCUAAGCUUGAGGCGAAAGUGUCUUUGAAGCGAGAAGAGAACGAUUGGGACGCAGUUUUCGAUGACAGUGGAGAGUGCCUUGAUCCUUCACUUCUUGAGGAGCUGACGACUACAGUUGGCAAGGUCCACAUCAGCAAGCCAAAGAACUGUUACGAUCAGUAUCAGACGAGAGGUCAGCAGCUCUUCAACGGUCCUUAUGACGAAACGUUCGGUCAUGUGGUAGAAGUGUAUGACUUUCCCAGUGAAUUCAAAACGAACGAUCUGUUCUCCUUGUUCAGUGAAUACAAAGACACUGGUUUCGAAAUUAAGUGGGUGGAUGAUACUCAUGCGUUGAUCGUGUUUAGCAGCGCCAAAAUUGCUGGAGAGGUUCUGUCAACGCAGCGUCCCCUCGUAAAGUGUCGACCGCUUCAUGCUGCCACUCUAGAGUCUAGGAACAAAGCGAAGAAGUGUGCGGAAUUCUUGCAGCCUUAUAGUAGUUCGGCAAACGAGCACACGGAUUACCUGAUGGAAAGCAAUCAGCGCCGCCCAUGGACACCCGCAACGGUUGCGGGACAACGACCAGAAACAUGCACAGCACUAGCAAGGCGUCUGGUGUCCGGUGCUCUUGGCGUCAAACUGAGUACAGCGCGACAGGAGCGAGCUGAAGAGAGGAGGCUUAUCACUCUUGCCAGAGAAAAGAAACGCCAAGCGGCUCUACACAAAGAGGCAGCGUGGGAUGGCUCACUCGCCAACCAGUCGGUGGACACGUGAGAUUCCAAACGCGAUGUCCUCAUGAUCGAGCUCUCAAAGAACAUGAUCGUUUUAUUAAAUUUUAUGUCAUAGAUAUAAUAAAUACGUCUAUAGAUAUUUUUCUAUGCGAAAUAUUAGAUUAUACGGCGCGUAAGAGGUUUUGGUCCUUUAAGUAAGUUAUGCCUAGCUUUAAAUUUAUUUUUAUUUUUGCUUUUUAAACCUAUUUACCUUAAUGCGGCUUGCACUUGUAGAUUUUUUCUUAAAAAUCGCCUUAUCGUGUAUUCGUAUUGUUUUUCUUUACACGAUUUGGUGAAUAUGAUGAUUCCUAGAAUUCUAUUGUCACAAAUAUUUUAGUCCAUUUGUGCGUCACGUUUCUUGUUCUAAAUGUGACUGUGUUGCG